AUGUACGGAAGACAUUUACACGAAACCAGGAAAUCUACAUAUGAACAUGUCGAAUCCCCACGAGCUCACAAGAGUGGCAAACUCAGUAGCUCCCAAGGACUGGGGCCCAAACCGGUCCCCAUACCCGUCCGCAAACAAACCAGCCCCUUGCCAGUCUACAAGCAGCCCAGCCCGAUGCCAGUCAAGGUUGCCCUCACGCAAGAAGUGAAUGUAGGCCGCGAUCGACGGACACCCUUUACAACAGGGUUGAAUACCCGUAAAGUUAUGGACGACGCGGUCAUCGUACAGACUCAUAAGCCAUCCUUGGAUGGAGAGAAGGGGACGAACCACUCAAUUCAGGAUAACAAUACGACGAGAAUCAGCUUGACACCUUCGCCAGAGAAGUCGGACAGGCAGAGUACUCCUCACAACCCUGACCCUGCUGAUAGGGACAAAUCGCCUCAGCAUGAGCAUCCAAGGGCGACGACAUAUGGGGUGGCUUCGUCCUCGGCCCGGUCCUCGGCACAGACCUCGCAACCCGGACAUCUAUUGUGUCGAAAUGCGCAUUUUCUGGACACCGACCAAGAUGGAGUCAUCUGGCUCGGGGAUACAUAUCGAUGUUGUAGAAAGCUGGGAUGGGGCAUCAUACCGUCCUUCCUCGGCAUGCUCGCCCUGCACACCACCCUCUCCUACCCAACCUGCCCCAGCCACACCCCCGACCCCCUCCUCCGGAUCCGCUACGACAACGUCCACCACAGCCCCAACCGGCGGAUGUCGUUCGACGAGAAGGGGCUCUUGAGGUCGGACCCCGCGUGCGAGAAUCUGCUCAAGAAGUACGACGUCGAGAACAAAGGCGGCCUGUCUUUCCAGGAUCUGCUUCGCUUCCUCGCCGCGCAGAGACACGUGACGAGUGCUGCUAAAUGGUUGCUGGUCGUUUUCGAAUGUAAGGCCCCUUUCCCUCCUCUCCUCCCCUAUUUUCUCAUUUCUCCUCCCCCAACCUUGCAAGACCAACUGACUAAGACGCCCACGCACACAAAAACAGGGACAGCCCUCUACACGAUCCUAGCGCCCUACUCAACAGUUCUGCACAACGCCGACAUCCGCGCCGCCUACGACGGGAGCAUCCUCUCGCAGCUCGCCUCGGAGCAGCUCCGCCAACACCCCCUCCACCCAUCCCCAAACCCGGCCCAACCCCAAGAUCAAACCAAGGCGCAAAGCCUAAACCACACCCACAUCAUCAACAACGCGCAGGACUACAUCGCCGGCACGACCCGCAUCUCGCACCGCAACCGCACCGAGAUCCACGUGUGCCGGAACCAGCACCGCUCCUGGCGGUCGACGAUCGAGUCGGCUCUCUCCCACCUUUCCUCCUCCUCCUCCUACUCCCCCGCGGCGCUGCUGCUAGCGACCCUCGCCGCGCUUGCCGUCUUGGCGUGGAUGCUGCGAUAUUUCGGCGCCGGCGCCAACCACGACUCCAACACCAGCUCCAGCUCCGGGUCUAACUUCGACCUCUUAAGAUUCUGGAACUGGGGCACCAACCCCCACGCCCACACAAACGCCCACACAACCACACCAUGGACCUCCCUCCGCCAGCUCCUCUCCUCCAAACCCGAGUCCACCACCCACCCCAACGGCACCACCACCACAAACCUCGCAUCAAGCUGGCUAUCAAGACACUUCUGGAGCAACAACCACAACAACAACAACAAAAACAGCAACAUGCGGGAAGGCGCAAGCUGGACGAACGAGGCGCUGUACGAGGGCUGGGAGGAGAACAUGGCGUGUGGGCGGGGGACGAACUGUCUUUGACGGGGCAGAUACCUACUAGGUAGGUAGGUAAACAGGUUGGAAGGUUCAAAAAGGUGGGGAAGCAGGUAGGG